GCUCGGCACCUUUUUUAUCUUUUUCUUCCCUUCCCUUUCCUUUCUUCUCAGAGCUGGAUUGUGUAACCCAUAUCUACGAACCUUAUUCACUAUAUCCGAAUAACCACUACCCCGCCAUCCUCAAAUGAAUAGCCUGGCUGACACACUGAGAAAUACUCACUUGAGGGAUGUACCUGAAAAUUCAGAGCAUUUGCUCUUCAGGCCUCAAGCAGAUAGUAGAUUGACGCCGUCAGCUUUUGAUCGGAUUCCCCGCUACUUGUUUCGGGUCGCCUCCCCCAAAUCUGCCGGAACGACAAAUGAGACGUGGGUUCGUUCGGAAUCGGCCACUCAGGGCCAGAAUCCCUAUACGGAUGACAUUUUCUUCAACUUGAAUGAUGAGAUGCGGACGACCGUAGCUCGAACACUCAACUUACAUCUUCGCUGGUGGCCAAAGCGUGGCAUCAGGGACAAUUUUGUCUCAUGGACAAGUUCGUUGCUCUUCGCAAUCCAGUACAUCUACUACCGACAUCUGAGCCCCGACGAUGGGUCGAGUUUAGAUCAGAUAAAGUUAUUUCUGAUAGAUACCGAUCUGUUCCCUAAAGGCAUAUUUCUUCGUGACUUAGACCUAAUUAAUGCUUUCUGGGAAUCCGGCAAUCACCCAGCAGGAAAGAAUCUGGAAAAUUUACGUUACCUUCGCAACCAACCCGAAAAUUAUUUUGGAGAAUACCUGUCACAAGGAGCCUUGAAGAUCGAGGGCAAAUGUGAGAUAAUCUCCGCCCAGUCUAUUUUCAAGGAUAAACGAUUGCUCCGGCUACAGCCCAAUUUCUGUGAGUUUCAUGAUCUUCCAUUCAACAAAGGCAAGCCGGUAUGGGUCAGAGAAGUCGCUCGUCUUCGUGAAGCUAUUUGGAGAACUACCGAUCCCGGAAUUUUAUCGCCAGCAGAGAUGAGCCACCGUUUAGAGGCCCUGAAAGAGAUCGUACGAAAUCUAGACCCAAGUUGGAAAUCUCCCCUUGCUAUCUACUUUGCGUCACUUAUUGGAUGUUGGUCUUCAACUAAAGACAGAGGUAUGGCAAUGGAAAAUAUCUUGGGAUAUUUCCAUUCUACAUUUCCUCACGAACAACAAGUGUGGCGGUUUUCCAACGUGGAGACUGACAUACAAGAAACAAUGCCUGAAAUAAAUGAGGUCAAAAGGCUUGCUUAUGAAACAUAUAAAUACUCCACACUGAAAUUGACGCUUGAUCGCAUCUCGACGGCCGAAGCAAGUAUUGGGAGCUUAAGGUUUGAUAAUGUUUUCUCUGGAAAUGGCCAUGCUUGUGCUGUGGCUGAUUCAAAUGAGUUCGUUGAUCAUACAAGCCAAAGUCUCCUAACAAGGCUUCGCUCAGUACAGACUCUGUGUGAAAGACUCAUCCUGGGGAUUUCAUCAAUUGCGGUAUAGGUACAGCCAACCUUUAUUUCCUUUACUUUCCAUAUCGCUGAUUUCGAUAAUCUCGAGCGAGAGCAUGAUAUGGCUACUAUUUUUU